AUGGCGCCAUUCCGUAUCACUCCUCCGUUGCGCUUUUACAAGCACAAUCGCGGCAUCCGUCUUUCAAACCCGUCUCGUCGGUGGCUGUACAACCGCAUUUUCCUCGGUGGCAUCGGCGCGUUUGGCUGUUACCUGACGCUGCGCUAUCAACUCGCUGCGUGGGAAGCGUCUAGGAAUCCGGAAUAUGGAAACAGCCUGUGCUCCAGCGACAUGGUCGACUUCCUGCUCUACAUGCCCUUCAACCUCUUCUCUAACACCGCCGGCCGGCUUGUAGAAAACGAAUCCAUACCGGCGUGGGUGCACAACUGGUUUGCGCAGGCUGUCGUUUACUGGUACGCACUUGACAUGUCGGAGUCGGUGCAGAAGACCAACUUCGAGACCUUUCAGCAGUUUUACGUCCGCGACUGGGCGCCGGAGGCACGCCCAGUAGAUGCUGCGGCCUCUGUUGUCGCCCCGUGCGAUGGUCAAGUGUUGGCAUUGAACACAAAUGUGGAGAGCGCCUCGCUUGUGCAAGUUAAGGGACUUACCUACGGCAUGCGCUCCCUCUUGCAGGAUACCCCUCCCCCGCUGAACACGGACACGCACCGCCGAGUGGCCGUUGUGCUUCACAUGCGCAACAAGGACUUUCAUCAUGUCAUCGCACCACUAUCAUUUGCGUGCGAGAAGAGCAUCUACGUGCCCGGCUCCCUGCUGCCGACGACCGCGGCCGGCUAUCAUUGGAUCCCUUCCGUUCUCACCCUCAACGAACGCCUCGUACUACAAGGGAGGUCUAGCGACAAGGCCCAGCUUCCGGUUUACAUGGCCCUAGUUGGGAGCACUCUCACCGGACGCAUCACGCUCUACAUGGAUAAGCGCGUUCGCACAAACUACCUCGACCCACCAGCCUACGCAGUGCACUCACCGUACGCGUCGAAGCCAGCUGUGGCGCGCGGCGAGCGACUGGCGACGUUCAACUGGGGAUCAUCUGUCGUCCUGGUAAUGGAUGUACCUAAGAGCUGCACGGUGCUCAAGCGCGCAGGUGAUGUUGUGAAGGCUGGCGAGGCACUCUUCCAAUUCUAA